AUGAACACAUGCUUGCAUAAUGUUCUUCUAAAAAUACACCAUUGGUAGUCUAACUCGCCUCACAGGUCGGUCCAAAUUACAUGCAUAUAUUGUGUAAUGCAUGUAAAAUGUGACGACUAGACGGUUUCCUCGCAAAUGAAAUUCGUAAUUAUUGGCGGUAGAUAUACAAAGUAACAAGUAGAGAGAAGCCAGCCGACAGACAUGUCAUUCUUCAGGAAUACAGUUUGGUUCAUAAAGGGACUAAAAGAAUACACAAAAGGCGGAUAUACAAGUGCCAGUAAGGACUUUAAGGCGUCCGACCUUGACGUUGACAUUACAGGGAGAAGUUACAUGAUUACAGGAGCUAAUAGUGGGAUAGGGAAAUGUACGGCUUUGGCCAUUGCUAAAAAAGGAGGGACUGUACACAUGGUUUGUCGUGACCCAAAACGUGGAGCAGAAGCUCGCCAGGCUGUGGAAGAAGAGUCACAAAAUCAAAAUGUGAAGCUACAUAUACUGGAUAUUUCUAAACCCAGAGAUGUUGCCAGAUUUGCUCAGAACUUCAUUUCAUCAGGGAAACCCCUGAAUGUCUUGAUUAAUAACGCUGGCUGUAUGGUCAACACAAGGACUGUCAGCUCCGAGGAUGGACUGGAGAGAAACUUCUCCACCAACACACUGGGUGUACAUAUGUUGACGUCUGCUAUGAUACCACUGCUGUCUAAACAAGAAAAAUCAAGGGUGAUAAUGGUAACAUCUGGUGGGAUGUUGGUACAGAAACUAAACGGGUCAGAUCUACAGUUUGAGAAGAUGAAUCCGUUUGAUGGAACUAUGGCGUACGCUCAAAACAAACGUCAACAAGUUGUCAUGACGGAGAACUACGCCAAAAUGUACCCUAACAUCCAUUUCUCCAGUAUGCACCCAGGCUGGGCCGAUACUCCAGCGGUAAGAAGUUCUAUGCCUGACUUCUAUGAGAAGAUGAAAACUCGACUACGGACAGCAGAAGAAGGAGCUGAUACCCUUGUGUGGCUGGCACUAUCAGAAUCCGUACACACAUUUGACAGUGGCCUUUUUUUCCAAGACAGGAAACCAGUAUCGACACAUUUACCGCUCGCCUGGACCAGGUCAACCAAGGAAGAGGAGACGACAUUCAUGGAGAAAUUAGACAGCAUUUCACAGCAGUUUCUUGUAGAAAGUCCUGACUCUUAGUGACUUCAGAUGUCACUGCAGUCAGAUUGAAAUACAGAUUAUCAUUAU